GCUGGUAGGCGUUUGUAGACGGGUCUCCCAAAAUUUCCUUAACCGUAGGAGGGGGGGGGGGAAACCCUAAUUUUGUCUCUGGCUUCCCAAGAGACGAAACUAAAGGGGGAAUUUUGAAGGAAACGAAAUGGUAUUUUACUACAAAGCCCGACCAGAAGCUGGCGAUUACACCAUCUUAAUGGGUCUUGAUAAGGACGUGAACGAGGAGCUCAUCAAAUACGGCUUCGUUGAAGAUAUCUGGUUUCAUGUGGAUAAAAUGUCUUCUGCCCAUGUUUAUUUAAUACUUCAAAAAGGUCAAACCAUUGAUGAUAUAAGCGAAGGGUUGCUCGAAGAUUGUGCGCAGCUUGUUAAAGCUAAUUCCAUCCAAGGCAACAAGGUAAACAAUAUUGAUGUUGUUUAACACUCCAUGGUCCAAUUUGAAGAAAACUCCUUCCAUGGAUGUUGGCCAAGUUGGCUUUCACAAUUCCAAGUUGGUUCGGACUGUUAGAGUAGAGAAGCGGAUAAACGAGAUAGUUAACAGGUUGAACAAGACUAAAGUGGAAAGGAAACCUGAUUUGAAAGCCGAGAAAGAAGCAGUUUAUGCAGCCGAAAAAGCAGAGAGAAAGCAACAGCUGAGGGAAAAGAAACGACGAGAGGAGCUUCAAAGGCUUGUGUUGAAAACAUUUUGA